AUGUCGAAACCCUCAGAGAAGCCGCAGCCACAGGCGGCCGCCAUUAUGAGCGAUGAGCCUGGAGAAGGCGUCAAAGCUCUCGGCACUCCCGACAUCACCAGCCUGCAGCGCAUCCGACAGGUCUUUGCGCAGCCAGUUCUCGCUUCCUUCGUUGCCGGUGGUGUAGCUGGCGCAGUUUCCCGCACCGUCGUUUCCCCCCUCGAACGCCUCAAGAUCAUCUUCCAAGUCCAGAGCGUCGGUCGCGAGGAAUACAAGAUGUCAGUGCCCAAGGCGCUGGCCAAGAUGUGGAGGGAAGAGGGCUGGCGAGGCUUCAUGGCUGGAAACGGAACCAACUGCAUACGCAUCGUUCCCUACUCUGCCGUGCAGUUUAGCGCGUACAAUGUCUACAAGCGGUUCUUCGAGAGCGAACCAGGUGCCUCGCUCGACGCUUACCAGCGACUGUUCUGUGGAGGUCUCGCCGGUAUCACUUCUGUCACCUUCACGUAUCCGCUCGAUAUUGUACGCACACGUUUGUCGAUUCAGUCUGCAUCGUUUUCGGCGCUCAAGAAAGAGGCUGGCCAGAAGCUACCGGGUAUGUGGGCACUCAUGGUGGACAUGUACAAGACUGAGGGUGGAAUCUCGGCCCUGUAUCGGGGCAUCCUGCCUACGGUAGCUGGUGUUGCACCCUAUGUCGGCCUAAACUUUAUGGUCUAUGAAAUUGCCCGCACCCAGUUUACCCCCGAAGGCGAGAAGGACCCUAGUGCCGUGGGCAAGCUGGCAGCUGGUGCCGUCUCGGGCGCCGUUGCACAGACGAUUACAUACCCGUUCGACGUCCUGCGGCGGCGAUUCCAGGUCAACACCAUGAGCGGUAUGGGAUACCAGUACACGGGCGUUGGCGAUGCGGUCAAGCAGAUUAUCAAGACGGAGGGUCUGAGGGGCAUGUACAAGGGCAUUGUGCCCAAUCUGCUCAAGGUUGCACCCAGCAUGGCCAGCAGCUGGCUUAGCUUUGAAAUGACACGAGACUUGCUCAUGGGCAAGUGGAACUCUGGCUUCUUGUAA